AUGAACCGAAUGUCUGGCCAACGCCUCAAGCCUAUAUCCGAGGAAAUUACUCCUGCAGACCAUCGAAUUUUAUCCUAUGGGGGUACAUCUUCCAACCUUGAGAGGCUCCCGUCCCGAUUGCAGCGUGCAAAGCGAACAUCGCCAGAUUCCAAGACCCAGUGGGAAGAAUAUGCGUAUGAGAUGAGCUAUCUCAAAGCAGAGCUGCAAUGGCAUAAAGAAACAAAGCAGAUACUCCUACAGCUCCAAGAGGACAUCUUUGGUGUUUUCAGUUCUCUGGAAGACGCCCUUGUUCGGGCAACUACACGUCUGAAUGAGUCCGAGCAGGAUUACUUAAUGCUUUGGGAGUCUAGCUCAAGGUAUGAGAUUGGAGACCGCAUUUGA